ACCCAAGUUCCGAACCGCAAACCUCCACCCAAAGCAGAGCGCCGACGUCCCUCACUCGACCCGCCGCUCCCCAGUCCGCUGCUGCCGCGCCGCGCCGCUCCUCUCUCGAUCUAGCGGAGUCGAGAUCCAUCCGGACGUGGAUUGGUUUCUCCUUUUUCUGGGACUUGACAGGUAAAUACGGACAGGAUCGAAGAAUAGACAACCAUGGCAUCUAGUGGUGUGAAGGAUUUUUACCGGCAGAAAAAGAAAGGAGGUGUGACCAAAUCAUCGUCAUCUUCCAAGAAGAAAUCACAGCAGUACACUGGAGGUGCCUCUGUUGGGGCCUCAGAUACUGCUCAGACAUCGGCACUAGUUUCUCAUGGCUCCUGGGAUCUCGAAGAUGAUUUUGGUGAGCAAGAGGAGCAGUUGCGACAGUUUGACAUGGACAUGAAAUUUGGCCCAUGCCUUGGUGUUACUCGGCUUCAGCGCUGGGAGCGUGCUUCUGGCAUGGGCCUCCAGCCACCAGCUCAUCUCCGGGAUCUCUUACUGCAUACUCCAUCAUCAAAGAAUCUCAGUAACAGUAGUCUCUCCACUGAAUGCCUCUGGGAGGGUAAAGUCUAGAAGUUAUCUUCUAUAAUAAGCUCCCCUGCUUGGAAUGUGCCUUCCUCUUGGCAUGAAUCUUUAUUCUUCUUGCUGCAGUCUAACAUACGAGCGACCAUUCUACACUGUUUUGAUUAUCUUUUGGUUGGAACCUUGUGUGUCUGGUAUCUUUGUUUAUCUUUGAGACUGAGUUUGCUAAAUCCUGUAGAAUAUUGAAGCCUUUCUAUACAGCAUCUUCUGGCU